UCAUUUCUAAAAAAUUAGAAUUAGAAUUUCACAAACUAGAUUAUAGAUCUGACAAAAAACCCUAGUUGUUCUCCAUUGAUUUCAUCACAGAGAGAUAUGGAGAGCGACGAUGAUUUUCAGCUACUCCCACAAUCGGAAGAGAUUUCUCCUUCGGAGAGAAAGCUGAAGCGCUUGAAGAAAGCAAUUAGGGUUUCCACCGAGCCUUCCUCGCCUUUGUUGGAUUUCCCAAAAUCUGAAGCCCUAGAUUCGGAGGAAUUGAAGGAAUUGUCGCCGUCGGGGGCGGGAUCAGAAUCGGAAUCGGAGGAGGGUUUUGAUGGAGGAAAUGAAUUGGAUUUUGGUUUGGGUGGCGAAGAAGAAAAAGAAGAAGAAAAUGGUUUGGGGGUUAAGACUAAGAGGGUUUUGGAGUUUGACUCUGUGGGUGACGAUUUCGAUGCAAAACGCGACGAUCUGAGCGAAGAGAUGGGAGAUGGGGUUGAGGAUCUGAGAAUUGAGGAACCAGUGAAGAAACGACGUAGUUCUGAUGAGCUUGAUGAAAAUAUAGACAACAAGAAGACGAAGAAGAAAAAGAAGAAGAAUGUUGAUGAGAGUGUUGUUGAUCUUGAUGCCACCACCAAAAAAAUUACUAAAAAGGAAAGAAGGGACAAUCUUAAGCAACUUCGUGCUGAGUCUCAGAGACUCUUACGAGAAACUAGAGAUGCAUCAUUUAAACCCGUACUGCUUGUUCAGAAGCCGAUAUCUUCAGUUUUGGAGAAGAUUCGCCAACGAAAGCUGGAGAUUGCAAAAAAAUCUGUUGCUAUAAACAGUAUGUCUUUUCUUGAUGAUGAUGAUGAUGGCAAUGAUGGUUUUGUAAGGGAAGUGGUAGUGGAUUGUAAUUCAGGUGGUCCUAUUGAUGAAAAUAGGGGAAAUGAUGGAGUGGUAAAAGUGGCUAGUGAAGAAACGAUUGAACUUCCUGCUAACAUGAAGAGCAAUUUAGAUGAGCUAUGUAUGGAUGAACCAAGUGAUAUUAAAGAUCACUCCAGCUGUAAAAGUAUACCGUCCCAAAUGGAUGUGGAUGAGGAAUCCAAACAAGAAUUUCGAGCUCCAAUUGGUGAUACCCAGGAGCUGUUUUCUGAUUCCCAAACAAGUGACUCUAUGGAUGAGCUACCUAGCAAGACACCCAGCAGUCCCUUGGAAGAAGUUAUGGCUCCAUCCUUUCUUGCAAUGAAUUUAAAGCUUGAUUCUGCUCCUCCUGAUGAUGUUUCUUCUGACGAAGAGGGCAAUGACAAGGAGAACAUUGCUCCCCAUCCACAUGGAUUAACUGAUUUAUCUUCAUUUCAUGAUCCUGUUAAAGCAUUUGUUGAUGAUGAAGCAGAGGAAGAAGAUGACAGUGAUAAUGACAUGCUUCGAUUCCAAGAUAAUGAAGAAGAUGAGGACAAUGAGGAUUUAGAAGAACUUAAGGAUAUGAUAGCAACUGGAUAUGAAGAAAAGCCAGUUGAUAAUGAGAAGCGUAAUCAACUUCAUCAGAAGUGGCUUGAACAACAGGAUGCGGCUGGAACAGAAAAUCUUUUGCAGAAAUUUAAUUGUGGUUCAAAAUUGAAAGAAACAACUUUGCUUGAAGAGGAAGAAGAUGAGGAAGGUGAUGAAUACAAAGAAGAUUUUGGCGAUGAAGCUGCAGAAGAUUCUAACCCAACAAAUGUUGCCCGGAUGAAUUUAAAAAAAGCAAAGCAAAUGAUUCCUCAAAUGUUUACGGAUAAGGAUGAUGUAUAUUUAUCAUCUGAUGAUGAGGAAACAGAAAAGAGGCUAGCUAAGCAGUGCCUAUUUGAGAAAUCUGAGCCAGCUAUGUUUUUGUCACCGGCAGAGGAUGAGAGUUCCAGAGAAGUUUUUGGACUUAUAAAGAAGUUGAAUAUUGUCCCUGACUCUAAGAAGAAAGCCAAAACACCUUCCCUUUUUAAAAUGCCACCUGUUGGAGGAAAGAGUAACAUACUGUCCAAGUCUUCUUUCCUUGGUUGGGGGUCAAAUCAUUCCUUGCCCUCAUCCCAAAAGAAAGCAUCAGGCAAAGUUCGUUCUUUUAUUUUUGGUCGAGAUGACAGCAAUAGCAGGAUUUCAAUCUCAAUGUCUGGUCUAGAUGACAGCAACAGCAGGAGUUCAAUCUCAAUGUCAGAGGGUUCUUCUGAUGCGAUUCAGAGAGAGAAUCAACCAAAAAGGCCUGCUUCAGCCAAGUUCAGUAACUCACAAACUAAAGCUAGUACCCAGAACACAAGAUCUGUAGCUGAAAUGAAGUCAGGUACUUCACUGUUUGAGAUAUUAAGGCGAUCUUCCCUGCAAUCUGAGCAGUGCACUCGAGAUAGUAUGGUUGUGCAAACUGAAUCCGUAUUUGCUGCAUUUAAAUUGUCAAAGAAGCCAAUAAAGACAGAAGGAAAAGCUUGAUGUGUAUAUAUAAGAAUGCCUUGUUAUUGUUUGACUCAAUGUUUUUUGAGAAGUUCAUUUGUUUAUCAUAUAUUCUUUACAUCUAUUUGAGCCCAUUUCAGAAGCCCUGGUUACCUUAUAUUUUGCUCUGAGUUUGGGUCAUAUCAGAUUGCCUUUAAUGGGAAUCUUGAUGGGGAUCUGCUGUGAGCCUGUGAAAGUAAUGCUGUUCCUGUAUAUAUUGGUUGCAUGCUUGCAAUGCAUUCCCUCUUUCUGGUUCAAAUCAAUAGACUACUGGGAAUGUUAUUUCCUGGAAA